AUGUCUUCUUCAGCUCAGGAUCUCACAAUGAACUAUAACACAUCGCAGCACGAACUCGAGGAGUUGGUGAUAGCAAGACAAAAGCUUGAAACGCAGUUGCAAGAAAACAAAAUUGUACAAGAUGAGUUCGACGGCCUUAGAGAAGAGACUCAGGUGUAUAAGCUUACUGGCAAUGUGCUGCUUCCUGUUGAGCAAUUCGAGGCUAAGAGUAACGUGAGCAAGAGAUUAGAAUUUAUCACCGCAGAGAUCAACAGGUGUGAAGAGAAUAUCAAAACUAAGCAGGGUCUGCUGGAGAAACUGAGAGCAGAACUCUUGCAAACACAGCAGGCAAGACAGCAAUGA